AUGCUAACUAACCCCUGGUCCACCCUAAAUAAAAUAGACGAAAUUAGUGUUUUUCUGAAGGAAAAAUAUGUGGAUAUUGGGAUUUUUAGCGAGUCUUGGAUCAACAAGCAAAAUGAACAUACGGUAUGUGUUGAGGGUUUUACAUUAUUUUAUGAAGGGAGAACGAAUAGAAAUGGUGGUGGAGUAGCAGCGCUAGUUAAAGAUGGUAUUGUAGCUACUAAGGUGAACUAUUUACCAGUCCCUGAGGAGUUAGAGUGUAUGUGGCUUCAAAUUCAGUUAAAAAGAACACCCCGAGAAUUUUCUGCUAUAUUUAUUUGUGUUGUGUACCACAGUCCUGGGCAAUCUGUUAAUUCUCACUUUGUACUCAUCCAGUACCUCCGCGAAUCGGUGGACAUUAUUAGAUCUAGAUCACCAAGAGCUGGACUCAUUAUAUGUGGCGAUUUCAACGAAGUCAGGCAUAAGAUAGGACGCUUAUGUUCAGCAACAGGGUUAAAACAGAUUGUAAAACAACCCACAAGAGGAACUAAUACUUUAGAUUUAAUUGUCACCAACCUUGUCAAUUAUUUUGAAGAGCCACUAGUUUUUGCUCCGUUUGGAUUUAGCGAUCACGCAACAAUAUGUUGGAAACCAAAUCCAUCGUUCAUCGGCAUGAAAGGAAGCAUUGUAACUAAAUCAUUCAGACCGUUUAGUGAAUCUAAUGUAAACGCAUUUGGCAAGUGGAUUACUAAUAAAGAGUGGCAUGAGGUUACUAAUGCGAACGAUGUAAAUUUAAAAUUAAAUAUUUUUGAACGGGAAUUAAAUCACGCAUACGAACAUUUUUUCCCACUACGAACAAUUCGUGUACACUCAACGGACCAGCCCUGGAUUACGCCUAAAAUAAAAACAAUAAUUAAGGAAAGACAAUUAGCAUAUCACAAGUAUGGACAGUCUUCGAAUAUUUACCGCAAGUAUAGAAAUAUCGUCAAAUGGGAAAUUAAACAAGCCAAGAUUAAAUAUUAUAAAUAUGAAGUAGCGCAUUUACUAUCUUCCAACUCAAGGCAAUGGUUUAAACAAAUCGGUAAAAUGUGUGGAACUAGUAAAAAUAAAAAUGAUUCAUUAAAUCUGAACAUUGAUGAAUCGGAUCCUGAGAAAAUUCGCGAAGUGAUUAACUCGAAAUUAUCUGAGAUUUGCCAACAUUUUGAAUCGUUACAAAUAAAUAGGUUAUCGACGUAUCUUCCAUAUAAAUCGCCUCCACCUACGUUAACGUUUUGGGAGGUGUACUACCGAUUAAAGAAACUGAAUUGCAAUAAAGCUGCAGCUCCAGGCGAUCUUCCUGUACGGUUGAUAAAAACUUUCGCGUUCGAAUUAGCCGUACCCUUGGUGAACAUAUUUAAUAAAUCACUCGCAAUUGGAAAGGUACCAACAAGAUGGAAGGAGGCCACUAUUACACCAAUUCCUAAGGAGAAGGGUACAAUAAUAAUGUUGUUAUGA